GCCAUGGCCAUGGAGCUGACCUUUUUGGGCACGGGCUCAGCCUAUCCGUCCCCCAGCCGCGGGGCCUCGGCCUUGGCACUGCGAUACCAGGGCGAGUGUUGGCUCUUCGAUUGCGGCGAGGGGACUCAGACUCAGUUCAUGCGGAGUCAGCUGAGAGCAGGGAAAAUUGCAAAGAUUUUCAUUACUCAUCUCCAUGGUGACCAUAUGUUUGGUUUGCCUGGUCUCUUGUGCACAGUGAGUCUCCAAAGUAGUCCUCUCUCAAACAAACAACCUGUUGAGAUUUAUGGGCCUGUUGGAUUAAGGAAAUUUCUGAGGACAAGCAUGGAACUUUCUCACUCACAGUUGCUCUUCCCAUAUGUAGUCCAUGAACUGGUUCCAACAGAAGAUCAGUGCUUCCCUGAGGAAUGGAGGGAACCUUGUAUACAGAAAGUGGAUGAUCAGCUUCAUCCUCAGGAACUGCCAGGAAAAACAAUUUAUCUUAAUCCUCAGGAAGACUAUUACAAUCUUGUCACUCAUGAACAGUUCAUCGUAAAAGCUUUCAGGCUUUUUCAUCGCAUACCAUCUUUUGGGUUUGUAAUUGAGGAGAGAAAACGACCUGGAAAACUUAAGACACAGAAACUGAAAGAUAUGGGUGUUCAACCAGGACCUUUGUAUGGGAAACUAAAAAACGGACAAACCAUCACUCUUAACAAUGGCAUUACGGUUUUUCCCAUGGAUGUACUAGAAGCUCCUAUUCCAGGUCGGAAAAUAUGCAUUUUGGGAGAUUGCUCACGUAUUGUGGGUGACAUGGGUAAAAAGCUUUGCAUUGAUGCAGAUGUGCUGGUGCAUGAGGCCACACUAGACGACAGUCAGUCAGACAAGGCUGAGGAACAUGGACACUGCACUCCAAAGACUGCUGCAGAGUUUGCAAAAUCGUGUAAAGUUAAACGACUGAUCCUUACUCACUUCAGUCAAAGAUACAAGCCUACACCCUUGACUAAUGCUGGAGAUGAUGAUGUAAUGGAACUGAAGACACAGGCUGAGCUGGUGCUGGAAGGACAGGAAGUGACACUAGCUGAAGAUUUUAUGGUGAUUGAAAUCCCUUUCAACAAGGCAAAGCAACAAAUAAUCCCAGCACAUUAAAAAAAAUUCUGAAGUAAUGUAACAUUAGACUAGAUUCUGAAUCAAUAUGUUAAACUUUACAGCAAGAUUAAAUCACAAAUAAUGUAGGUUUUACAAAUUUAAGAUGGAGGUAUAAUUUGUUACUAUAAGGUAAUCAGCUUUCAAUCAAUCUCCUUGGUUAACUUGACUAUGUGGACUGGAAGUGGAAGCAAUGAUGUCUGCCAUUUGCUCUUGGUCUCUGUGGUGUGGAUGCUGUAAGUUCAGGAGGAAUCUGUGUUAUAUUUAAAAGUCCUCAUUUCCACCAUGCGCUAUGCCUUGGUUAGGGUUUAAACCUUCUGCUGAGUGAAAUUUGAGGUAAUGUGGAAUUUAUUAAUUUCCAAGCAAUCAACAUUUAUGAUCAGAUGGCUAGGGCAAUUGCUGUCGAGAUGGAGGGGUGGGGGUGGAAUUUGAAUAUUCUUGUUGCUUGCACAUUUGGCAUCCAGUGAAACGUAUUCCACCUUCACUGUCUGGAAAAAUUUAACCACAGAUGGCAAGUUUGAAUUGCAAGCCUUAUCUUGCAAUGGGACAUCAUUCUAAUGCUGUUAUUCUCAAUAAGUAGACUUUUAUGAAAUUUCUAACAGCUUACCACGUUUAUUCAGUGUGUAGUUGAACCAUACAAAUAGGCAAUGCCCCAUGUUCUUAUUUUAUCCUGAAUUAGAUGAUCUUAGUGGGACAACAUUGGGGUACUUUCAGCACAUUCUGGUUUUGGAGGGGGAAAUGUAGUCAGUGUUCCUGCUUCUGACUGGUAUCCAGUGACGCUCUUGAAGUUCCCAAUUGUGAAUAGUGGGGGAAGGGCAAGGUUGUGUUUGAUUUUGAUUUGUUUUUCACCUACCCCACUCCCACCUACAAGAAGUCAAUAACAAACCAUUCAAUUUUAACUUUGGUCAUAAAUGUUCAAAUGGCCAGCUAGUAAAGGUGAACUGAAUGAUAGUAACAAUUACACCCCAGUCUUUUCCUGAUCUCUUGAAGCUGCUGGCCUGCUGAAAUGCUAUUUCCCAGGCAAUAGUGGUCUUCUGGUAGCUUACUAAAGUGAACAUUCUUAAUCUGAAUCUGGCGAGUGAGCUUUAUCCAAGAUUGAUUUGUAUCCACAUACAUGCAGGGAUCCUUGUAUAAUAUGCUGGCUUCUCUGUCUCCACAGUCUUUGGACCUUAGAGGCCAAUUUUAGUAUUAUACCACUGUUCCAGCUGAGAUACACUAAUUCACAAGAGAUUAAGGGGUUGAACCUGGGAUUUCAAGGCUUAAAACUAUAUCCUGUACAGUAUUAUGUUUGUCAGUAGAAGCAUUAGUAUGUCCCAGAAAGGUAAUUUUAGCUGAAUACUAUGUGAUACAAUAGAUGGAACCACAAAAGCGUUGCACAGUGGAGAUGUAAACUGUAGUUUAUUUGCCAUGGUUUCCCAACUUCAAAUGUGGAGAGAAGAAAUACUCCUGAAGGGGUGUUUGACUGGCAAACCCGAGUUUGAGGACGACUGGCAGAUAUUUUGGGAGCAGUUCUUGAGUCCAUUCUGCUAGCUGAGAUAGGCUGUACAAUAUACUUCAGGAAUGCCAUCCAGAGGCCGAGCCAAUGUUUGAGAAAUUUAGCUUGUAUGGAAUGUUGCAUUUUUUCCCUAUUUAGCUCUACUAACAAGAUUUAAAGUGGAAUUGUAGUGUCAUGGUGAUGCCUCAAAUUGAAUGUUUGCUGUACACUGCCCACUAUCCUUGUUUUGUAUCAUUAUGAAUGAUUUGUGCGGUAGGGAAGUCUUUCUUGGACUGCCUCUAAUAACUGAUGAAAUGGUUAAAGAUAGAUGACAGAGACAAUAGCAAGUCCUCAGUGUUUCAAUUUCACGUUUAUGGCUAUAUGUGAACUGUUAGAACAUAUCUACAUUUCAAGUUGUCUCAACUACACAUAAGCUAUUUUCUUCACAGUUAAUUUAAUUCCAGAUCUUCAGACUAUAACUGCUGCUGAGGGAUUGGCUAACCUGCACCAUCU